CUUAACUAAGGGGUUAAAAGUUUAUCAAAAAUAAAUAUGAAUACAUAAGGAGAACACACAAUUGGCACUGGAUCAGUUAAAUUAAAACAGAAGACUAAAUACAUCGCAAACUCGGCGAAAAUAAUAAUGGCUUCACAAAAGGUGGUAAGAAAAAUAAUAUCAACUUCAUUGAGUCCAAGACCAGUUGGACCUUACAACCAAGCGGUACUUGUAGAUCGUACAUUAUAUUUGUCUGGAGUUCUUGGUUUAAAUGUUAAAACCCAGAAACUUGUUGAAGGAGGUGCUGUUGCUGAAGCUCGUCAAGCGCUUAUAAAUAUGGGACAUAUCUUAAAAGAAGCUGGAUCUAAUUAUGAUAAAGUCGUAAAAACAACAAUCCUGUUACAAAAUAUUGAUGAUUUUGCUGGAAUAAAUGAAGUUUACAAAGAAUUUUUCAAGGAAAACUAUCCAGCCCGAUCUACAUUCCAAGUUGGAAAAUUGCCAAUGGGAGCUCUGUUUGAAAUUGAAGCUAUUGCUGUUACUGGUGAAGUAGAAACAGUUUCAUCAUAAAUGGAAAAUAUUAAGUUUGUUAAGACUAUAGUAAAAUAAGUGUUUUUCUUUAUAGUAAUUUUGUAAUGCUAUUAGCUUAAAAAAUGCCUAAUAUUCAAAUAAGUUUUUGUAUAAGGUCUAUGAAUAUAGGGACAAAUAUGUUUCUAAAGGGUUGAGAUUCCAAACACGAUUACGCGAUAUAAGAAAUGUUAGGUCUACAUUUUUUAUUUAUUGGAAAAUAAAAAUGUUCAAACUCAUUCA